AACGAAGUAAACUUUAAACUUCACUGUCGUUUCCAGCGGUGUGGUCUCGUGUCCUCUUCUGUCACAUCCUUACCAUGGCUUUUCAACAACAAACUCCUUUCUACAACCCGAGGAUCCCGUUCACUGGUUCGAUUCAUGGAGGUCUGCAGGACGGGAAAAGUAUCACUUUGAGCGGGAGAGUGUCUCCAGUAGCCGACAGGUUUCAUAUAAAUCUGCAGUGUGGCACGAGGCAGAACGCAGAUGUAGCGUUUCAUUUUAACCCUCGAUACGAGUCCCACCCCAUGACCGUGGUCUGCAACACUUUCCAAUAUGGCAGCUGGGGGGCAGAAGAGCGCCAAUUAAAUGCCCCCCUAUUAAAAGGCGCAGGGUUCACUAUCACCAUCACCGUCCGCGCACACGCCUACCAGGUGUCUAUAAACAAUCAGCACUUUCUGGAGUUCAGACACAGGAUCCCGUUUCAACAAGUCGACACGAUCGCAGUGGGUGGGAAAGUUGAAGUCUCCUCCAUCUCCUUCAUGAACGCCGCCACUGGGUUCCCUGCUCAGCCCGGGAUCUUUCCGCAGAUGGCUGUUCCUUCGUUCGGAGCGUUCCCUACUGGUCCGGCUUUCCCUCCGCAGCCUGGUUUUCCAGCUCAACCCGGAUUUCCAGCUCAACCCGGAUUUCCAGCUCAGCCUGGAUUUCCUCCUGCUAUGCCUGUGGUCCCGUACCGCACCGCCAUCAGUGGAGGACUCAUGCCCGGUCGAACCGUCACCAUCCAGGGGAGUGUGACCCCAAACGCAAAGAGGUUCCAUGUGAAUCUGUGUUACCCAUCAGGCAUUGCGCUGCAUUAUAACCCGCGCUUCGGUGACAACGCCGUGGUGAGAAACACGAAGGAGAGAGAGAGGUGGGGCAGCGAGGAGAGGGGCGGAGCUAUGCCCUUCCAGAGAGGACACGCCUUCACGCUGACCAUCUGCUGUGAGCGUCAGUCUUUCCGGAUCAUUGUGAACGGGAUGCAGGCUCAUGACUACAGGCACCGCUUCCUCCAUCUACAGCAGGUCACCACUCUGGAGAUCGACGGGGAUGUAACUCUCACCUCAUCACUGUCGUUUCCAGCGGUGUGGUCUCGUGUCCUCUUCUGUCACAUCCUUACAAUGGCUUUUCAACAACAAACUCCUUUCUACAACCCGAGGAUCCCGUUCACUGGUUCGAUUCACGGAGGUCUGCAGGACGGGAAAAGUAUCACUUUGAGCGGGAGAGUGUCUCCAGUAGCCGACAGGUUUCAUAUAAAUCUGCAGUGUGGCACGAGGCAGAACGCAGAUGUAGCAUUUCAUUUUAACCCUCGAUAUGAGUCCUACCCCAUGACCGUGGUCUGCAACACUUUCCAUUAUGGCAGCUGGGGGGCAGAAGAGCGCCAGUACAAUGCCCCUCUACCAAAAGACGCGGGGUUCACUAUCACCAUCACCGUCCGCGCACACGCCUACCAGGUGUCUAUAAACGGUCAGCACUUUCUGGAGUUCAGACACAGGAUCCCGUUUCAACAAGUCGACACGAUCGCAGUGGGUGGGAAAGUUGAAGUCUCCUCCAUCUCCUUCAUGAACGCCGCGACUGGGUUCCCUGUUCAGCCCGGGAUCUUUCCGCAGAUGGCUGUUCCUUCGUUCAGCGCGCCGUUCUCUGCUCCUCGCUCCAGGAGGCUGAGGAAGGCUGGUUUUCCAGCUCAGCCUGGAUUUCCUCCUGCUAUGCCUGUGGUCCCGUACUACAGCGCCAUCAGUGGAGGACUCAUGCCCGGUCGCACCAUCACCAUCCAGGGGAGUGUGACCCCAAAUGCAACGAGGUUCCAUGUGAAUCUGUGUUACCCAUCAGGCAUUGCGCUGCAUUAUAACCCGCGCUUCGGUGACAACGUCGUGGUGAGAAACACGAAGGAGAGAGAGAGGUGGGGCAGCGAGGAGAGGGGCGGAGCUAUGCCCUUCCAGAGAGGACACGCCUUCACGCUGACCAUCUGCUGUGAGCAUCAGUCUUUCCGGAUCAUUGUGAACGGGAUGCAGGCUCAUGACUACAGGCACCGCUUCCUCCAUCUACAGCAGGUCACCACUCUGGAGAUCGACGGGGAUGUAACUCUCACCUCAGUCGUGGCCUGAGCAGGACCAGGGACCAAACACAAGCAAAACUUCUAUAAGAUAAACCACUUAACGUCCUUAUACGCUUCACUGUCCAGUUGUAUUGUUGCAUAGACCUCAGCUUGAGUCAGUCUAAUACUAUGUACGUUAUAGUUUUCAGAUUUGAUUUCUGACGUUGACGUUAAAUCUAUUUCAAUGUUGUUGUUUUUUAUAUUUUAAAGUCAGAGGCUUCAGACCCUCCCCCAGAAAUAUGAUGUAAUAGUUAUAUAUAAAGUUGUAGGACAAAAGGGAAAACACAUCACUCUCCAGGACAUAGUAGUUUUAAUAAACCCAUAGUAAAGAAAAUCAUGUUAUCAAAGUGUACAAGUGUGUGUAUGUCAA